AUGAGACUAUUGGUGUGCUUGUUGCUGGCAGUGUCAGUGUGGGGGUUCCCGGAGAAGAGGGCGUUGGAGACACAGUUGUCGCAGCAGUCAAUACAGAGCCAGCCGAAGACGAGGCAGACGCAAAGGGAUUGUAAGGGGAAGUGUGCAACAAGUAUAGCCCAGAAAGCAGCCGCUGAAGCGAAGGCAGCACAGGCGGCUCAAAACGCGGCAGGGGCUCAAGCAGCUCAUAUGGUCAAAACACAGUUAGCAGAAAAAGCGCUGCAAGCUGCGAAAGCGGCUGAAGCGGCAUUAGCUGGCAAGCAGUCAGUAGUGGAACAACUCCAGCAAGAAGUGAAGGAAGCAGAAGCUGUCGUGGCUGAGAACAGUGCUGCUGUAAGACAACAGCAGGGCACGGUCGCCGCUGCGGUGCAAGCUGCCCAACUGGCCACUACGCAGCACAAACUCAUGAUUCAAGCGACACAGGUGGCCAACCAGCUGGAGAAAUCAGCGAACGCUGUCUUAGAGGAGACCAAGAUAGGGCUUCAAGAGAAAUGUCACAAUCUGGCCGAAGCCAGGUCGAGAUUGGCCCAUCUGCAACAUAAGCUGCAAUGCGCUUGCGCAGAAUGUUCAGCCACAAGACAAGCUGCGCACACGGCUUGCGAGGCUGCCAGAGCGGCGUGCGGUAAUGCUAGGAAGAAGAAACACAUCACAAACACAGCCCUAACAAAAGUUAAGAGGGGAAUACGAUAA